UAAGAUAACACUUGAUGAGAAACAUACUGUCAAACGGUGUGGCGGAUGUGAAGCUUGUUUGUUUACAAUGGACGUGAAUGGAAGUUGUUUUGGGUCUCCUGUACCUGUUUCACCGCUGAAAGAAAGAAAUGAGCGUCUGCAAAUAAAAAGAAAGGGAAACUGUCGGGAAGAACUGACGAAGAGCCCAAAAAAGAGGCGUAUAUCACCAAAUUCAUAUGCAGGAGACAAAGAAAAUGAUGACUGGGGCUUCAGUGACAGAGAUUCUGGAAUUGUAUCAGACUGUGAUUUAUUGCUGCUUGAAGCUGCGAAGAAUGCAGAGAACAGUUGCACUAAAAUGGAGCAGAGUGGCAGUGAAAAGAUAACAGCUGAAAGACAUGAUAAUGAAGAUUUGCUGGAUAUUGAUGGUUCCAUGUUUGAUGACAUGCUUUUUUCUGAAGAAGAAUCCAGUUUCACUGCACCUGAAAGCAAAGAGGAGACUUUAAAUCUCUCUGGUAGUGAAAUGUGCUAUGUUGUUCAAACAUGGAAGGAUCCUGAAGUGCCAGUAAAUAUGUUUUUGCAAUUGAGGUCAUGUGAAACAAAUCGAACUGCUGUGUGCCAGUUACGACCACCAUGGUCCAGUUUACCAGUCAAAGAAGGGGAUGUUGUGAGCAUCAUUGGAGCAAAAUAUGAAAAAGAAACAUGGUACCUAGAUUUGAAGGCAGGAAUACUUGUCCACCACUCAGAUCUACUUGUGUCUGGAACUUCUGUUGUUGGAUCACUUUUCUGCAGGCGACGUGCUGUCCUUGCAGAGUGGUUUCGUGGGGUGGAUGUUACAGCUGCCUGUGCUGUCAUUGGAUCAUUAGUGCAUACAAUUCUCCAGGAGGUACUUCAGAACAAAAUUCAGGAUAAGAACAGUGUGGAACAGUUAGUGAUGAAAACCUUGGAAAAUCCUGAUAAUUUACGUCAGCUGCUUCUGUGCGGACUGUCAAGUGAUAAAGCUCGAGCAGAGAUAAUGCCAUUUGUGCCUCGAAUUGUGCAGUUUGUGUCACAGCACGUGACACAUCCACAUAAGAAUCGUGGCCUUGCAGUGACCGAUAUUGAGGAUGUGGAGGAGAAUAUAUGGUCUCCACGACUAGGAGUAAAAGGAAAAAUAGAUGUCACUGUGAAGAUGAAGUCACCUGCUAACAGUUCUCAGUUAGCUCCAUUAGAACUGAAGACAGGCAGAGCGACAGCUUCUUCAGAGCACAGGGGCCAGGUUAUGUUAUAUAUACUAAUGUUGCAAGACUUGGGCUACAAUGUUAACAAGGGCCUAUUACUUUACUUGAGGGAUGACGUGUCACUUAUGGAAAUACCAUUUUCUCAUCCUGAAAGUCGUGAUUUAAUUCAGCUCCGAAAUGAACUAGCAAACAACUUGCGUACUGCAAUGCCCAGCGAGAUGGGCCAGCCACCAGUACUUCCAAAACCCAUCUCUCGAACUAAUGGGUGCAGCAAAUGUCCAUACCUUAUUGAAUGCUCUGCCUAUCAGCGGGCAACAGACCCAUCACAUCCCUUGCUUGAAGUUGGUGGUGCAGCACAUCUGAGUGAAGAAUCUAUUAAUUAUUUUUUGUGGUGGACAGGACUUCUGGGAUUAGAGGAGGCCCAGAGGCUCAGCAACUCUAAACUUGCUGACCUGUGGAAAUUAUCAGCAGCAGACAGGGAAAAGAGAGGUAGUUGUGCUUCAGAACUUUCUCUCGAAGGUAAAGCUAUUCAGUGCGGCAGUGUCUUCCGUCAACGAUUGGUUGUUAGCAAUAGAGAUCGUGAUUUGACCACUAUUGGAGGCCUUGCAGAAGGUGAUUUUGUUUUAGUAAGCAGCAACUUACGGAUUGCAGUUACAACAGGAACUAUUGAUAAAAUUGAUCCAUUUGGUAUAGAUAUCAUACUUAACAGAGAUCUCAGAAGCCGGCAUUAUGGUGAUAAAUUUCACAUAGAUGUUUAUGAGAGUCAGAGUUCUUUGUCAUAUCUUAUGACUAAUUUAGGACUGCUUAUGGAUAAUACAGAAGCAGCUGCCAAGUUGCGCAGUAUUGUUGUUGACAGGGCGAAGCCAGAAUUUUCGUCUGAAGAAAUUGGACGCUUGAGCGGUUCAGAAAAGACGAUUACGCAGCACCUCAACAUUGCUCAACUGAAUGCAAUUCGCAAAUCAGUCGCUUCCAGGAAUUACUUGCUUAUUUGUGGAAUGCCAGGCACAGGAAAGACUGAAAUGUUAGCAUCUCUAGUACGCGUCCUUGUAGGACGUGGUGCUUCAGUGCUGAUUACAAGCAACACUCAUUCAGCUGUUGACAACUUGCUGCUUCGUCUGAAGAAACAUAAUUUGCCUAUUCUGCGGCUGGGUUCUGAACAACGCAUCCAUCCUGAACUCCGUUGUUUUUCAGAAGCAGAGCUCAGUAAGGGUUGUAAGACACCUGAAGAACUUACUAAGAGACUCAAUUCCAGGCUAAUUGUUGGAUCAACGUGCUUGGGUACAAAUAGCCCUUUGCUGACAGGCCGGCGAUUUUCUGUGUGCUUAGUUGAUGAGAGCACUCAGACCCUGCAGGUAAUGCUGAUGAGGCCAUUACUUCUCUGUGAACGGUUCAUUCUUGUUGGUGAUCCACAGCAGCUGCCACCAGUUGUGACUUCUUUGAAAGCUAGGCAGCUCGGUCUUGAUGAGAGUCUGUUUACUCGACUGGAUGGACUGGGAGCAACAGUAAUACUUGACUUGCAAUAUCGUAUGAAUCGUGCCAUUGUAAAACUUGCCAAUCACUUGGCAUAUGGUGGUCGGUUACGCUGUGCAAAUGCGGAUAUUGCAAAUGCAACUCUGCGUGUUGAGAAUAUACAGAAGGUUCCACAAUGGAUGUCGAGGAUUGUUUCUCCAGAUAUGUCAGAUGCUGUGUUGUUUGUUGACACGGGUGUAGUUCCAUUAUUAGAAGAAAACAGCAACAAAAAUGGUAGAUGCACCAACAUUCAUGAGCUUGCACUUCUGGCUGCAGUGACCAGCAUUUGGGAGAAAGGUGCUGUAGAUACAAAAGAUAUUGGAAUCAUUGCACCAUUCAGAGCACAAGUUAAUUUGAUAAGGAAAGCACUGCCUUCUCAUGAGGUCAACACUGUUGAUCAGUUUCAAGGACGUGACAAAUCUGUUAUACUUUUGUCAUGUACACGUAGUAAGAAAUCAAUUGCUAAAAACUCUGCCAAAGACAAUGAGACAGCCAGUCUGAAGAAAGAAGAGGAGGAUGAAAUAAAGGAUACUGCCAUCCUUGAUGACAUACGUCGAUUGACUGUUGCUGUGACGCGUGCUAAACAUAAGUUGGUAAUGUUUGGUGAUCGUGAGACUUUGCGACACCAUAAACCAUUUUUUCGAGCAUUUGAACUUUUGGACAAGAAAGGACUGGUACUUUCUGUACAUGAUAAUAGCAAAGAAUUUUUAUGGAAACCACUUGUAGAAAAUGUAUUCAGUGAACUUGGUGUCAAAUCGAAACCUGUCACUAUUAAAUCUGUGAAUGAAAAUUGAUAGUAACUUAAUGAACGGAACUUUUGAAAAUUCUUGUAGUUCAUCACUUAUCAAGAUGCAAAACAAGUUCCCCUUCAUUGCUUCAUAUUGUGUUUCAGUGCAGUUACUAUAAUUUUGAAACCUAUGGAUGGUUAGGUAAUACUACACUGUUUUUUCCGCUGUCAAUAUUACAGUUAAAAAGUGGUGCCAUACUAUAAAAAGAAAGUGUGUAGACAACAAUGACCUGAAAAAUUUCACUUUUUACGUUGAAACAGCUGCAUUACAAAACAUACUUUUCUUUUUGUAAUACGGCUAAGUUGUGUUUUUACUGUUUUGUUAUCAAGCAGAAUAGAACAUUUAGUUCUCAAGAUUUAAUGAAAAUCUUACCUUUAGUUCAAUCAAGCAGAAUAAUCGUGGAAUGUAAACAUUUCUUGCACAUGUUUCUGACACACAAAUUGGGUAUUUCUAGCUUCAGUAGGUAGCAAAAACUAUAUCAUGUAUUCUAGAUUGCGUAAACUGAAACACCUGCUCUUGACAUCUGAGGCCCAGAUAAGCUAGUGUCUCAUGUUUCACAUUUGAUCCUUAAUUAAUUUCACAAGUCAACCUAAAAUCAGCCCCAUUCACUGCAGUGAUUGUGAUUCCAGUUCGUAAUAAUUUGAGUUACUUAACUGUAGUUAAUUGCUGAUUUUCUCAUGGGGUUUCCUUUGACAGAAUGACAUUCCAAUAAUGCAUUGUUGAAUCACUUGGUCUCAAAGUAUGAAGUAAAACAAAUAGUAUGUGUUUCUGUCAGAUAUGAGAAAUCUUUGUGGUAAUAUUAUUUAUAUUGUAAAGUAAUUUAUCUAUAAUUUUUGACUAGUAUGGAAUGAAGCAUGCUGCUGUGUCAGUUUCAUGUGCUUGCCAAAUAUUGACUUAUUUAUGAAUGCCUUUAGCAUUAUUUAUGUUGUCUGCAAAGGGAUGAAAUUAUAUAAUUAUAUCUACAUCUUCAUUGUGAACAUUACUUGGCAACAGGGUGUGCUAUUGCACUGACAUUUACCUAUGAAUGUAUAUUUUGUACAGAUUUUUAUAUAUUUUCAUACACUGUUUGCACUUACAUGUAUUAAUGUGAAAAGAUUGCUAUUUAUAUUUUUGCAUUCUUCUUAAAUAAAUAAAAUAUUUCAAA